GAGAGAGGGGAAUGAAAACAGGCUGACCGGGUGGGCUGGUAAAAAAAAACCGGUUUUCCAGAGUCCAACGGCUACAGAGGAGGAGGAGGAGGAGGAGAAGAGUCUUUGGCCCCUCGCAAGUGAGAAGUCUCCACCUACCUAGCCCUUCUUCUAGGAUCAUCAUCAUACCUUAUGAAAAAGCCAUAAAUUCUCCGAUUAGCUGUAGCUUUACAGUGAGCAAGUUAUCUUUCCGUGAAACUCAUUCUUUUGCAGUAAGAAUGCCAUGUGACGAAAUCUUGAAGGCUGUUUUCCCACUUCUUGAAGGUGCUGAUCUGGCUAAAUGCAUGGUGGUUAAUAAACAGUGGCGAGAGAUUGCUCAAGAUGAUUAUUUCUGGAAAUGCCUGUGUGCCAAGAGAUGGCCAUCAAUAUGUAAACGGCCGCAACCUCCGACAGUAACCUACCACAAGCUUUUUAAAACCUUUUAUAAGCGUCAACAUCGCCGGGCACUUCUCCCUCCUAGGCUGUCUUUAAAUGACUUGGAAUUCUAUGUUGACAUUUGGACUGAGGACCGUUUAAUCUUCUCGGAGGUAGUUCCUGGACCUACCCUCCAGAAUGGAAUUUGGAUCCCACCUCCUGGAAUCUGUGAUGUGCUUAAGUAUCACUUGGAGGGUUCAGGGUAUAAGAUGAUUCUACCUGUUGAGCCAAGGUUUACCAUUCCAUUGAGUCACUCAGUUUCCGUAUCUGUGCUUGUAGUGCGCAAGGAUUCCAACAAAGUUGCGUGCAUAAUUGACAAAUCUGUGUUUGACUAUAUAGACCGGACAGCUUAUCGGGCUCUAGCAUUUGACUACCUUGAUAUUUCACCUAGCAACCCUUUUGUUUCUGAGAUUCGAGCAUGGAUCUCUUUGUUAUUCUUGGAUAAUGGCAAUAAUGAAGGGAUCAUUGAUGUUUUUGGUAUUGAGUUGGAUUUCUGUGAUGCUGCCAACUCAGAGGAAGAGGUCCUCUGGCUGCUAGACAUUCUUGAUUGGAAGUGAAGGGCUGGGUAUCUGCUUUCUAGUCUGAACACCUUGCUGCUGAAGAUCAAAUCUAACCUGGUUGGUGUUGGUUCUUUCAAAUCCAAAGUUUGUAUAUAUGUUCCUGUCAAUGGUCAAUAAGUAUCCUGGAAAGCUUUUGAUGUUGAUCUCUUGUUUGUAACAUGCCGAGCUCUGUUUUUCUUGGGCUAUCAAAGAGUUCCUGUGGGAAGGGAGUCUUGCUUAUUUGUGCUUGAAAAUUUCCAAGUUCUGUGGAUUAGCUCUUGUAUUAGGUUAUUGGAUGCAUUGAUCAACGAAAGCUGCAUUGUACUGGUAUCAAAUGUUUGCUUGGCAUUAGCUUAUGCAUCGUUAUUGGGUAAUUAAGAAGUUUCUCAUUCUUUGGGUGUAUAUCCAAAUAAUGGACCGUGAACUGUAUCUGCUCUGGACUCCUGUUAGGUUUUGCUCUCGAUGCUAUGAUUUAGUUUAGAUCUUCAAAUGUCUCGUGGUAAAAGUUGGCUUCGUGGAUGAUAUUUGGGUUCGCUGAAUAUUUUGUUUUAUCCAAUGGAAUGUCUCUCGGUUACCGCU